UAGAGGAAAAUGGAAUUAAUCAAUCAUGAUCCAUUAGUAACUUCAAUGAGUGAGGUGUUGGAUAGAUUGCCUCCCCUGUCCCCUUCAUGUUGCAUCUACAGAGUUCCUAAGCGAUUACGGCGCGUAAGUGAACAAGCCUACACACCUCAGGUAGUCUCUAUAGGCCCCCUUCACCAUGGAAAAGAAGCCCUGAAAGCCAUGGAAGAGCUUAAAAAUAGGUACCUACAAGAUUUUUUACAUCGGACCAAUGUAAGUUUGGAAUAUUUUAUAAGGAAAAUAAGGGCCCAAGAAGCAAAACUGCGCAGUUGUUAUGCAGAGACCAUUGGGUUCAGCCGCGAUGAAUUUGUAAGAAUCAUUCUGGUGGAUGCGGCCUUCAUCAUCGAGGUCUUGUUGAGGUUCUGUUACAAGCAUUUGCGGGUUGAGAAUGACCGUAUAUUUAACAAACCAAGGAUGUUGGAGGAUGUAUGGCCUGACAUGCGGAUGCUUGAAAAUCAGCUGCCUUUCUUCAUUCUUGAGGAUCUUUUCGAUCAUGAAAGAAAUAUAGUUGGCAUCCAGACGACAAUUAUUGAUCUUUCUUACCAUUUCUUCAAAACUCUAAUGCAUAUGAAGGACAUGGAAGACAUAGAAGACACUUUGACCCGGAUACGUCCUCCUCAUCAGGUAGAGCAUUUUGUUGAUUUUAUUAGAAAGUUAUAUCCACUGCCUCCACAAUUAAAAUCGAAACUGCCACAAGUUCAAGGGCCAUUCCAAACCCUAACCAUAGGCAUGAUGUCAUCAUGUGUAAUGGAUGUACCACAAGCUCGAGGGCAACUUGAAACCCAAACCAUACCCAGCAUGACACAGUUAUACCGAGCAGGGGUCAAAUUUAAGAUGGGGUCAAGCACAAACAUAUUCGACAUUCGGUUCAAUAUUGACGAUGGCAUUUUGGAAAUUCCAAAAAUAACAAUAAGUGAUCAAUCAGAGGUCACACUCACAAAUCUCCUUGUCUUUGAACAAACCCUAUGCAAGAAGGUAGAAAAUUACAUAAAUGAUUAUGUUGUCAUCUUAAACAUUCUUGUGAACACCCCGGAGGACGUGGCGUUGCUUGUUAAGAAUGGAAUUGUUGAAAACAAGCUAGGUGACAGCACUAAAGCCUGUACUAUGAUCAAGAACCUUGCUGACGGCGUCAUUAUGGCCGAUGAGUUCUACUUCACCACUCUUUGUGAAGACCUGAACAAGUACUACAGAAUGUUUAGGCACAGAUGGAAGGAAUAUUUGAUAAAACAUUUCUUCAACUCACCUUGGACAACUAAGGAAAUCGUUGCAGCUGCUAUUUUCCUAAUGCUCACUUUCAUACAGACGGUGUGCUCUAUUAUCUCUGCUGCGCAACAAUAAUUCUAGCAGGAAGCUAAUUUGGGGUCUCAUCAAAGAAGGGAUACUAGGAAAGCCUGUGAAUACGUACCUAACAAAUAAAGCUGUGUAUGUCCACCCAACUUGGAAGUUGCUUUGCCCUGAUCUCGCUGCAUUUCCAUAUGAAAAGCAUGUUGUGAAGAAGUGCCCCUGCUAGCUAGGCCCAUUGCCAAGCUCCUGAAAUGAGCUGAAAUAUGUAAAUCCAUCAAAGUCUUUUUUUCUUUCAAGUGUUCAUAUUUAACAAAUUCAAACUGUAUGUAUCAAACUGUACGUUUUCUUGCCAAGACUUUUAUUUGGCUAAAAAUAUUGUUAUAAUAUAUAAUACUAAAUUAUAAACUGUUU